AAGAGCCCAAACCCAGCCCAUUUAGCUUCAUAUGGCGAAGAGAAGAACGACUACGGCGAGUAACUGAUCUCCGGCUAGAAAAAACCACGACCACCGCUCUUGUUCUGUCUCAACCUAAACUAAGGCAUCGUGAAACACCCGAUUCGGGCGAAAGCAAACACGGGUUUGGGUUAUUAGGAUUUUUUGAACUAAGCCUACAAAGUUCCAUUCGUUUGUUUUUAUUUUUUCAAAUUUCCGGUACGGUAUCACGGUUCGGAACCAACCGGGUUGGGAUCGAUUCGGUUCGGUUAGGGUAUAUAAAGAAUUGGAGGGGGAGUUAAUUUUGUUUCUGGGAGAAUUUGGGGGCGGGGGCAGAGAGAGGUACCUUUCUGUAAAACGUUAGGGUUGGGUGAGAAUGUCUGACGUGGAGAUGAAGGAAGAAAGCAGUGACACCUUGAGUGUUAAGGAACUCGAUGUUGUUCUACCACGGUACCAGCCGUUUAAUGGAUAUACAUCACCCUUCGACUUUAUUUUACCACCGUACAAACAGUUUCAUGGAUCAUCAAAAGUUUGUAAACCUCCUCCUCCCCAAGAGCUGAUCCCCGUUAAGGAGGCCGAGGCAGAGCUCGAAAACUUGCACCUUCCUAGUUCUGAAGAGGAGGAUUUUGAUGCUGUUCUACCACUGGAUUUAAUGAUAUCACCAUCAUUGGAUGCGAAUCUACCACUGGAUUUAAUGGUAUCACCAUCAAUGAAUCCGAACUCUACACCAGAUUAUGACUUCUCCAAUUAUCCUCAGUUCAGUGCUCCUUGUCAAGUUACUUAUACUCCCACUCCUCCCGGCGGUCACUUGGUUUUGUCUUACAACAGCCGUAAUGAUGCUUUGUAUGCAUGCGGAGCCUCUGCUCUGCGCCAAAAUUGGACUUCAUUGCUACAAUCUCGAAAAUGGGACUAACUUUGAACGUUCGCGUUCGGCUGUGCCUGAAGUAGCCGGCACACCGGAAUGUUGACAUUACGAGCAUGGGAUCUAGCUAGAGGUUGCUUUUGCAAGUUUGAAACAAAAGUUUGGUAUCCCACUCAGAAAAAAGAUUGCUUCCAUGUUAUCACAUCCCGCUGCAGAACCUUGCCCCCACUUCCUCCAGAAAAGGAGGAAAAGGAAGAAAGUGGAUUUGACAUACUUUCCUUGGAUGAACUAUUCAAAGGCAACAUGCCCGAUUGGUUGCCUGGUGACAGUAAGCUGCAUUACUACGAGAUGAAAGAAUCAGAGGUGGAACAAGCCAAAGAAUGGCUUCUUCUUUACGCUGAACUAGCCUGGUACACCAAGAAGCAGACGGACCCGUUCAUGUUUGAGUAUGGAAAGCCACUUGAGCUGCGAAAGAUAACUGUUCAAACCAAAGAAGUUGUCGACUCAAUGAAAAACGUAAAGUUGGAUAAUGCAGUUUUCUAUAUUAGCUUCCGGACAAGGUGCGGUGUUGUCUGCAAAGGUGUCAUAAGGAGAACAAGGGAUGGGAGGCCCGAGCAUUUAUCCGUUGAAGCCAAGUGUUUCAUGUGAUGUGUGAGCGGCUGAGAGUAAUCAAGUAACGUAUGUGUUCUAUCUAGCAAGUAUUUAUAGUUAAUUUAACGCCUUGUCCAAUAUUCAUCGUACUUGUUUCUAAUAAAGACAUGAUAAGCUUUUGUUGCCUUUAUUUUUAUCCCUAAAAAUUCUGUGUCAUGGUGUCUUUUAGACUUGUAUCAUAUUUUAUACGAUCAUAUGGUCGAGCUAUCA